GAAGAAGUUGGGUGUCCAGGACUCGCUAGUGUCGCUCUCACUGCCAAGGCAGAACGGUGCGCGAGAAUUGCAAAUCCGCAUCUCAGGAGCACCAUGGCGAAAAAGUUCUCAGCAUCUUUGGUCCCGUUGUUAUUUUAUACAAUAUUUUCUCCCACUACUGCAAUCUUGGCCUCAGUCAUCACGACGACCACUAACCGACAGCUUCAUCACUCAGUAGCGGAAAAUAUCAAGACGUUCGAUCCCUACACCGACGUCAAAAACAUCGCAGGAGCUGAGCCCGAUGCAAUUAACGUCACAAAUCUCACAGCUCCUAACAAAAGCGCAAAUAGAUCCCCUUUCGAUCAGUAUUACUUCAGGUACAAUUCCAAAGACGGUCCAGAUGACCGCGGAAUGAACGAGGAUUAUCAUGGACGUUCUUCGCAAAACUCUUAUCUUCAUCCAGCUGACGUUGAUAAUCAACACGGGAAGCGUCAAAACUUUGAUCAAUAUUGGCGUCGUAAAGAUCAUCUCGUAAAUAAAAAUAAUAAUCGUCACAAUCAUCGCCAGCAUCGAGAUCACUACUACAGAGAUCGCCUGAAUGAGGGACAGCAUCACGGGAACGUGUCACUCAGCUUCUAUAAGAAACCAGCAAAGAAGAACACACGUGUUCCGCUAUAUGAUGAUCCUCAAGAUCGUCUCGAGAGAGACCAGCCAAAUCUGUCCAGAAAAAGCUUGCAAUUUACGCGCAAAGAAAAGGCGAUAACCCAAUCGCAAGAAAAUCCCCGAGAUAUAUUAUUAGACGACGAACCUGACGAGAGAAACCGCCUGGAUUUACUGGAAUUUGCAGAGAAGAAAUAUGAGGAAGAGCUGUGCGCGGUGGUUGCCUCAGCACUAUUGGCGCUGGCGCAGAAGGCGCACCAGACGCACCCAAAACUGGGCUUGAAGUCCCCGCUUGAGCCGCUGCACGGCGCGGCGCCCCUCAAGUACGUCCAUGAGGGCGACGUUCUCAAGCUCCGUCUCCUCCUCGACAACAUCACGCUCACCGGCUUCAGCUCCAUGACCGUGCAAGAGGUGAAAUUCGUCUUCGAUCCUCUGGAAGAACGUUUCCAGGAGACCCAUUCAGGUUCUUUCGAGAACUCCACAAAGACUGAAACACAAUAUGGGCAGGAUUCAAGUCGCCACUCCAAGCAAUCUGAUCUUCCUGGCUCAGGAACUUUUUCUCAUUUCGAAUUGAGAAGAAAUCCCAAAGGAGGGGACAAGAACAACCUCAAACAAGUGACUGUGUCCGACUACGAUGAAGAAUACGAUCCCUUCUUCUAUCAGUACGGAGACCACUACGAUGAAGACAUCGGAGAAAAUAAUAAGGAAUCACAAGAAUUGGACCAGACUCGUGCUGUGGAUAAUGAAAAGAGCGUAAUAUAUGAAAACCCGAGCGAUGAAAGUAAAUAUCUAAAAGAAAAUAUGUACCCCAGUAAGCCUAUGAAACAAAGAAAAAAAGAAUCAUACUACGUGGAUGAAUUUGACUAUGAUUAUCAUUACGACGUUCCUCAUCCGUCACAAUCUUCAGGUAAAGUUCGCCACAGGCGAGCGCACCAAGGAACGGGGUACAAAUCUGAGCAGCUAUCCCGUGAGAGUAUUCAAGGCAUCACACAAGUAUUUUUCAGCUCAAAUAAAACCCACUCGAGUUUAGACGAAGCCGAGAGCGUCGAGGGUUUGAGUGACGCAAUAGAAUGCGGCGCUGACAAGCACUCUUGCGGUGAUACGAGUCCCUCCAGUCCAGUUACUGUCCAAUUGAAGCUCGGCCAUGAAUCGUCGAGAAAAACACUCGAGUCGACGAGCAGCUCAAAUACUCGCGGACCGAAGAACCAUCAAUCUGAACUCAACAAGUCGUCCGAGGGGAGCACGGAAUCCCGUAGUUCUUUUAACAGCAAAGAAUCUGUAGAUGCAAUUGAAUCCUUGCAUCUCUUAGCUCGUACAAACAAUUAUGAGAACAACUUUGAUCCAUCAGGCAUAGUCAGCAUCAGGAUGUACCCUAAACCUAUCUUGAAAAACUCAUCAUAUUCCACGACUGAAUAUCAAGAUAAAUCUCCAAAAGCACAGGAAACACGUCAAUUCCAGUCAACAAAUGAAAACCAAUCAGAGUUUUCUGAUUCAAAAAUAAAAAAGGAACAGAAAAUUCCGUCGAAGAAUGAAAAUCUCAGCGCUCUACCAUACUCAAAUGCAAGGAAAACACGGAAAGUCCGUUCCGCGUUGGCAGGAAGUGUCCAUGCCACACCGACGGCAUUCAGAUCGCUGGAAGGGGUGAUACGCGUAGCUUUCACGGGUCUGCACAUGACGUCGGCAUAUUUGGUGCGGGGCAGCGCCGGAGACGUGUUCAGCUUCAGGGAGAAGGGCAAGUUUGAGCUGUCAACUCCAGCCGUGUACCUCGUGUCACGACUCAGGCUCGUGCUGCCCGCCGCGCACGGCCGGCACGCCAGGAGAAACAGUGUCGGUCACGUGGUGCGUGUGGAGACCCAGGACAGCAUCAGCCCCCCAGUGCUAACACUGACCCCCGACACCACCCCCCCUCGCUGGCUGGGUUCUCAGGUGCAGCUCAAGCUGGAGGAACUUGCAGCUGGCAUUCGACGUCACAGAGAUGGUGCAGUGCGUCAUCUAGUGCGGCAGUGGGAGAGGCUAGUGAAGCGUCUAGUUGCUCUAGUGGCUCCGCAACCCGGAGCUGUUCUACCUCGACAUUAGUGCAACAAACGAAGCAACUAUCUCUACUUGAGAUCCUAGUGCUGCAACAAGAGAUAAGGAAGUGGAUAUUGAAGCAAGUAAAACACCUAUUGGCACUAGUUCAGCUUCAAACGACCGUCGUGGCACUAUAGGCACCCAUGCAUGCAUUGUUUGAAUAACGACGAAAAAACAGUCCGAACGGCGUUUUAGUGAAUAAUUUAUAAUUUGCAAAUGUAGAACAGGUCUCUUG